AUAUUCCUACAUUUGUUGACAAAAUAUGUACUUCCGGUUGAAAGUUAUAUGAACUAACUUUUCCCAGAACUAACUAUCUAACCGGCUUGCAAUAUAAGCAGUCUAUGCACAGUCAAAUCAAAACCAAUUAUUGAAUGUGAUAAUUGAAAGGUGUUUACUGAUGAUUUGAUCUCACAUAUAAAAUGUCUCAACAAACUCUAAAAUAUACAUUACUGAGUAAAAAUGUUCUUACUUUGGAUGAAGCAGAGUUGUAUGAACUUUCACAGCUAGCAGGCAUCACACUUGAUCCAAGUGUUUUCAAAAUAAUACUAGACUUGCUGAAAAUGAAUGUUGCUCCAACAGCAGUGCUCCAAAUGUUAAUGUCGAUGCUUGGACAACAGAGAAGGAAACCAGUUCUGUCAGCUGGAGAACGUGGAAAAGAAAAUGGACAAAGUAGAACAGUAGACAGUGAUCCACGAUAUGACAGGAAUCGUGAACAAAGAGCAGGAUCAAGGGGAAGAGUACUUUCAGGAUCAUCAAAAAGAACAGACUUUAGGAGAUGAUGAACACUUAUUAUUUAGAUGUUCUGUAUAUUAAGCUUAUGAGGAACUUGUAAAUAACAUUUUUGUAUGAAACUAUUAAUAAUUAGUAUACAUUUAUUUUUUGUACAUGUAUAUAAAAAUGAUAAUUGAUGCACUUGGUUGUGAAAAAUUGAUAUAUAUUUCGGUAUAUAUAUCAUGUAUAUACAUUGUAGUUACUGUGAUAAUAAACAUAUUAAUGCAAAAUA